AUGGACUGCCAGGAGAGCGAGUACCUGGAUGAGCACGGGAAAUGCAUCCCCUGCAGAAACUGCAUGCCUGGGCAGGAGCUUUCCAAGGACUGUGGUGAUGGCAGUGGGGGGGACGCACAGUGUGUCGCCUGCCCUCCCAGGAAGUUUAAGGACAGCUGGGGGCAUCAUGGCUGCAAACCCUGCCUCUCCUGCACCCUCAUCAACCGUGUCCAGAAGUCCAACUGCACGGCAACAACCAACGCAAUCUGUGGGGAGUGCCUGCCAGGGUUUUACCGCAAGGCGCGGAUCAGCGGGCAGCUGGACUGGGAGUGCAUCCCCUGCACCAAGCAGACGCCCUCCUCCGAGCCACAGUGUCGGUCCAGGACAACCCUGGUGAAGGUAGCUGUCCCCACUGUACCACCACAGGACACUGCCCUUCUUGCACUGACCAGCAGUGCCCUGGUCAUCAUCGUGCUGGUGCUUCUGGCUCUCUCCAUCAUCUACUGCAAGCGGUUUUGGAAGAGCCAGUGCCAGCGAGUCUUCCUGAGGACUCAGAACUUCUCGGGCCAGCGAGCAAUGUUCCCAACCGCAGCGACGCCCGGCAGAUUCCUAUGUGAGGAGCAGAUGACUGGUCCCUGCUGCCUGGGUGUGAAGAACCUGAGUCCCUGCUACAGGCAAGCAGAAGGUCCCGUGGAAGCGGUGCAGUUCAUCUCAGACGGGGAAGCUGUGGGUCUCCAGCUCUCCCCUCUCCAGCCAGAGAUGGACUUACCACCAGCCACUGUGGUUGGCACUGCCUCCAAAGCCCAUCUGGGCAGGAGCUUCCUGGAAAGCCAGCCCCUUAUCCGGGCUGGGGUCUUGCCACCCUCCAACCCCCGGCAGGGCACGGCGGAGCCCCUGGCCCCGCUGUCCUCUUGCGCCUCUGAGAUACAGCACAAGUGGCCACACGCCCCAGUGGAGUGCACCGAGCUGGACCUCCAGAAGUUCUCCAGCCAGGCAGAGUUUGUGGGUGGUGAGCGGCCAGAGGACACAGCAAGCCGAGCAGCACAGAGGAUGCCAGCAGAGAGCGGCGGCACGGGGCAGGAGGGGCCCCAGCACCCACCCUCCGCCUUCCCAAAUCCCACCACUGAAAGUGGGGGGCACCUGGUGGAAGAUGCCCGGAGCCUCUUGACUCAGAUCAGCAGCACAGCGAAGGGUCUGCCAGUAGCAGAGCUGCCCCGUUCCCUGGUGCAGUCCCUUGCCUUCUUGUUGGACCCUUCCUUGAAUGGUGCGAAGAACUUCAGCCACGUGGCACUGGAGCUGGGGGUUGCACCCCAGUUGCUGGGACGGAUAUCUGGCUUCGAGCAGCUCGUUGCUCACCUCACCUGCUCAGGAGACACAAUCACCAUCCCACUCCUAGCCCAGGCUCUGCAGCGGCUCCAGCGCUUCGAUGCCUUGCUCCUGCUCUGCGACCACUUUGCCCUCAGCCAGGCCCAGGGCCGCCAGCGCUAG